UGAACGUUUAGUCUCAAUCUUAUCUAUUGCAACCUCAGAAUAUCGAAACAUGGGCGAGUCAAACCCAGGAGCAGGCCACGAAAGUGACCCAGUACCAGUAGCAUGGCUGAAGCGUGACGUGCUGCUCUUCGCAGCAAGCAUUGGAGCCAAAGCCGAUGAACUUCAGUAUCUCUACGAACUCCACCCCAACUUCGCCGUCUUCCCAACCUACCCCAUCAUCCUCCCCUUCAAACACACCAGCCAAGAAGUCGUAGACUUCUACGCCGCCCAACUCGCUUCCCGCCCCGACAUCCCCGGCGUGCCCAAACUCGACAGCACCCGUGUCCUCGAUGGCGAGCGGAAAAUGAUCUUUUACAAGCCUCUGCCACCUACGUCCGAAGGCCGGAAAUUCGAAGCGAGGAAUAAGGUGCUGGGUGUGUAUGAUAAGGGUAAACCGGGGACGGUGAUGGAAACUCAGGUCGAUAUUGUGGAUAAGGAGAGUGGGGAGGUUUAUACGAGGGUUAUUGGGAGUGCGUUUUUUGUUGGACAGGGUGGAUGGGGAGGGCCGAAGGGUGCUUCGGCGAAGUCUUAUCCUGUGCCGAAGGAUAAGAGCCCCGAUGCGGUUUUUGAGAAUCCGACGAAUGAGGAGACGGCGGCGUUGUAUAGGUUGAAUGGAGAUUAUAACCCAUUGCACAUUGAUCCUACUCCGGGAAAGAAGAUGGGUUUCGGGGGUGUUAUCAUUCAUGGACUCUACUCUUGGAAUGUGAGCGCACAUGCUCUUGUCAAGUUGAUUGGUGGUGGAGACCCGAAUAGUAUCAAGGAGUAUGGUGCGAGAUUCGCUUCGCCUGUUAAGCCUGGUGAUACUACUGUUACUGAGAUCUGGAGGACUGGCACCAAGGACUCCGAGGGAUGGGAGGAGAUCAGAUUCCAGGUCAAGGUCAAGGAGACUGGAAAGGUGUGUCUGAGCAAUGGACGGGCAUUGAUGAAGCCAAAGAGUGGAGGAAGCAAGUUGUAGAUUAUGUGUUCACGAAUAAGGAAUUCGCAAAAGACGACAGUUUUUGCUCUCUCGCCGCGACGUCGAUUUUGCGCCUAUCCGGCUUCGCGACAU